AUGGUUCAGAACAAAGCUUUCAUCUACAAGGCCGUACCCAACGGCUGGCCCGUCCCAGGCAAAGACCUGACGGUGGAAGAUAUUGGCUUUGAUGACACCGCGCCCCCGCCCAAGGGCGGCUUUACCACCAAGAACUUCUAUGCAGCCUAUGACCCCAGCCAGCGCGGGCGGAUGCGCGACCCGAGCAUCCCGUCGUACUCGCCGGCCAUGACAACGGGCAAACCCGUGGUAAGCGUCAGCGUCAUCGGCAAGGUGCUGAAGAGCGACAACCCCAAGAUCCAGCCGGGCGCCAUUGUCAUGAUGCAGAGCUCCGGCACCGAGUCGUACUCGGCCAAGGAGGAAUCGGCGGUGGCCACGACGCAGAUCAUCGAGCCAAAGGAAGGCGUGCCCUUGACCGCAUACCUGGGCCUGUUGGGUAUGACGGGCAUGACGGCCUACGGCUCCUUGCACGAGAUCGGUCAGCCGAAGAAAGGCGACGUCAUUCUCAUCAGCGCUGCUGCCGGAGCGGUGGGCCAGAUGGUCGGACAGAUUGCGGUGCGAGAAGGUCUACAUGUAAUCGGCUCAGUCGGUGACGACCGCAAGCUCGACUUCAUCCUGAACGACCUGCACUUCACCUCGGGGUUCAACUACAAGAAAGAGUCUAUGGCCGAGGCGGUGAAGCGCCUGGCACCUGGGGGACUGGACAUCUUCUACGACAACGUCGGCGGCGAGCUUUUGGACGUUGCCUUGGCCAACAUGAAGGAAUUCGGCCGCAUUGUAGCGUGCGGCUCCAUCUCGACGUACAACAACGCCAAGGACACAACCCCCUACGGCAUUAAAAACUACGCCGCCAUGGUCCGCAAGAGGUUGCGCUGGCAGGGGUUCUUGGUCUUUGACCCUAAUAUCGCGCAGUGGCGCGCUGAAAGAGACGCAAACGUCACACGCUGGAUCGAGGACGGCAGCUUCAAGAGCGUCGACUUUGUCACCGAGGGCAUGGACCACGCCAUCGAAGGGUUCCUCGGCAUGCUCCGCGGCGAGAACCUGGGCAAGAGUAUCCUCAAGAUUGCGGACCCGGAAUGA